AUGAAUAGUGCUCCAGAAGAAGACUACGAUUUCUUAUAUAAAAUAGUUUUAGUAGGAGACACCAGCGUUGGCAAAACUAACAUUGUUUCAAGAUAUAUCAAAAAUUCUUUACCUAAAAACCAAAAUCCCACCAUUGGAGUUGAAUUUGCAACAAGGGUUGUAACUCUUCGCUCAGGAAGGACAGUAAAAGCACAGAUAUGGGAUACUGCAGGACAGGAAAGAUAUCAUGCCAUUGUAUCAGCUCACUAUAGAAGAGCUAUUGGAGCACUAUUAGUCUAUGAUAUCACAAAUGCCAGAUCUUUUGGAAAUGCACAACGUUGGAUUGAAGAAUUGAAAUCCAAAGCAGAGCCAGACAUCGUGAUUAUGCUUGUAGGAAAUAAAAUCGACUUAGCGCUUGAAAAUCCUGCAGUAAGGCAAGUUAAUACAGAGCAAGCUAGAAAAUUCGCACAAGCUGAAGGAUUAAUGUUCAUCGAAACAUCUGCAGUCACCUCUACAAUGAUAAAAGAAGCUUUUGAAACACUUUUAGAAGAAAUUUAUAAUAACUCAGUUAAGAAAAGAAAAGGCUCAGCAGCAGAUCAAUAUCAAAAAACAGAAGGGCAGCAAUUGAAUUUAAGAAUGGAUAAUAAGCCUAUAAACAAGCCUUGCUGCUAG